UCUUAUCUUCUUCUUAUUCACAUUUCAAUCUUCUGAGAUUGCUCAACACCUGAGAUUCAUGCUCGGAGAAAUCUCUAUUUCAGUUUGAUUGUUUUGGUGGAGAAUCGAGAGCGAGGUGAGGAACAAGGAACCAUGAUUCGAAGGACUGCAUGUUUGAGUAAGCUGGUUCGGUCUUACAAAGUUGGCUCUUCGUCAUCUUUGAUAACCAAGCUUGAUCAUCGUUGCUUUGUAUCAGCUUCUGCUUCUAGCGGAGAACAAGCGUGUCAAGCAUAUGUAUAUAGUGAAUUUGGUAGGAACGAGUAUGCUGAUGUGGAUUGGGAUAAUCUUGGAUUUGGUCUAGUGCCAACAGAUUACAUGUACAUCAUGAAAGGUUCCAGCAACGGGAUAUUUGAACAAGGCCAACUUAAUCGUUAUGGAAAUAUUGAACUUAACCCUGCUGCUGGAGUUUUGAAUUAUGGACAGGGUUUAUAUGAAGGGAUGAAAGCAUUCAGGAAAGAAAAUGGAAAUCUCCUCCUCUUUCGUCCAGACCAGAAUGCAAUGCGAAUGAAGAUUGGUUCAGAAAGAAUGUGCAUGCCUUCGCCAUCCCUUGAUCAAUUUAUUGAUGCUGUGAAGCAAACUGCUCAAGCUAACAAGUGCUGGGUUCCUCCUCCAGGAAAAGGGUCUUUGUAUAUUAGGCCUCUACUUAUAGGAAGUGGUCCUAUAUUAGGUUUAGCCCCAUCGCCUGAAUAUACAUUCCUUGUAUACGCUUCACCAGUCCGCAACUAUUUCAAGGAGGGUUCUGCACCUUUGAGCAUAUACGUCGAGGAAGAAUAUGAUCGUGCCUCUCGUGGUGGGGCUGGAGGAGUCAAAAGCAUCACCAAUUAUGCGCCAGUUUUGAAGGCACUGCUCAGAGCAAAGAGCCAAGGAUUUUCUGAUGUGUUAUAUCUGGACUCGGUAAAUAGAAAGAAUCUGGAGGAGGUCUCUUCUUGCAACAUUUUCAUUGUCAAGGGCAAUGUUAUUUCAACUCCUGCAACGGCCGGGACUAUACUAUCAGGGAUAACUCGAAGAAGCAUCAUUGAAAUCGCUCGUGAUCUUGGUUACCAGGUUGAGGAGCGUGCAAUUCCGGUGGAUGAAUUGAGUGAAGCUGAUGAAGUAUUCUGCACAGGAACCGCAGUUGGUGUUGCUCCUGUGGGAAACAUUACAUAUAAAGAUAAAAGGAUGGAAUACAGAACAGGUGCCCAAACUGUUUGUCCACAGCUCUACUCGACUAUCAUAGGAAUCCAAACGGGUCGUAUUGAGGAUAAGAAAGGCUGGAUUCUCGAAAUUGAUUGAUCUUUGUUUCAAAAUAGAGUGGAAGAUGUACAUUGUCAUCCUCAGUUUAUCACUAGCUAUGUUUACAACCUCAGUUGUUGACCACCAUUAUCUUAAGCUUUACCAUUUUGUCAUUCCACAGUAAACUCUACUUUGGAUUAAUAAUUCAUUAAGAAAAAUAAUCAGAACUGGAUACAAAUAUUAUCGAAAGCCUAAUAAUCAUUCAUC